CAAAAUCCUAAGCUAAGCUCGCUUUUUGCCCCUAACCGAACAAAACCAUACAAACCAUUUUGAAACGUCAUCGGCACAACCCCUGCGGAUGAUCACAAUGGCCUACUUUUUUGUUCUUCACAAAAUAUGUAUUAUUGACCAUUCGUCUCGUUUAUAUAACAUUUAUUCCCGACAAGAAACUUAUAUCCCACUUGGAUAUUUCUGAUACACAUGCACGCACACCAGAUACUCCCAUAAGUAUAUCCAGUGUAGGACAGUGCGGAGGCCGCCAACAAACAUCUCAAGGGACGAAGUAUUUAUUACGCAUUACGGUGGUACCAUAAAAGGUGCAAAUUACCUACAUACAGCAGUGGAUAUUGAUGAUCAUCCAGCUUCUUCUCGCUCGCUCUUGGCCUAGGCAGGACCAAAGUAGGUAGCACAUGACCCUGGUUUACAGCGUCCGGGCCAUGCUCACCAUGUCCCAUUGAGUGCGACUGUGCGAACUAAUUUAACAUGCGGCUCGGGCAAUUCUGAUUGGCCGACCCAGAACCGACGUCCACGUUUAUUUGUCGGUUGAGAUUACUGGCCCACUGUCGAUCUGGAUCCGUCAACUUAUUUUUUCGAAUUACAUGCUGCUAGGUAAGGGUAUGGGGAUGGGUUGUACCUCGCUCUCUCUUGGUCUAGGUGCAAAAUUCUGCUGCCUUCGCGCGGAUGUGAGAAAUCUUAGCGAAUGGAUCUAUCUUACUUACCGGGGCUCGCGAGACCCCGUUUUCAGUACGGUUUUCUCUUUUGGCUACGGGAGGAAGAGAGAGCACAAGCCCAAAGUUGGCACGAGUUUGACAGCUCUCUUACACUACCUAGUUAGUUCUGUUAUAAGGGGGUUUGACUUUCUAUUAGCUAAUAAAGGGGGUACGAGUAUAUAAAACAAAAAAUCCAUCGCAUUCAGUUAAACCCUCGCUCGUUCCAAUCGCUCGCCCCAUCACAAGAUAGGCGGCGCUAACUUCUUUUCCGAUGGGGAGGUCUGGGGCAGCUUGGUUUCACUGGCGAUAAAAGGGUCCUCGGCAAGGCUUAUCGAAAUAUCUAUCCUGGACUUGGCGAUUGGCGAUGGCCGAUACUUAAUAAUGAUACCCCAUAAGGUAAUAUAAUGCUUCCACGGUCCUUGCCUUACUACCUUAGGAUUUCGGAUGUGUCCGACGCGUUUGUAUCUGAUCAUAUUCAGUAAAAACGCGUCGCGAAAUAUAUUGUAUGG